UUUUCUAGCCGAGUAUUCACAACAGCUCCCUCCUACUCCUUCCUCUUUGAUCAGGCAUUCUGCUUUAUUUCCUUACGAAGGCUCGCGUUCAAGGUAAUCAUGGCGCGGUUUUUCUCGCCUCAUCUGAUGCUUGUCGUCACCUGCGCGCUGUACAUUAUUCUUGGAGCGCUCAUGUUUCAGAAGCUUGAGGGUGAGCACUUGAAAGAAGUAAAACGAGAGCAGACAGAGAAUAUUGGCAACAGUGCACAAUUGUACAUAGACCGAAUAUGGGAUCUGACACAUGAACACCGCAUGAUAAAAUACAAGAUUUGGUGGAAUUCUAAGAAGAGUUCGAAAGAGGAGUUUCAUGACUAUGUGGACACGGUGUCACGGCUCAUCGUGCAUCAAGACACGGUUAUGAUGAGGACGCUCCAACCUGGGACUUUGCCAAUUCGGUGUUCUUCACCACCACCAUGCUCACGUUCGAUCGGUUACGGAUACGUGGCACCGUACACUUUUGGUGGACGGCUGUUC